AGAAGGUCAUUUGAAUCGUUUGAAUAUGAUGCUGCCAAUCAGAAAUAUUGUAAAGAGUUUGUCAAACGUUAGAAUUUCCGUGUUCAGACGUUGUCAAUCAACAAUUGAAGGCACGCAGUACAAUUUAUAGAAACUCUAUAUUAUAUUAAUGUCAACUCUUUUAUUGAUUACAAACAUUUUAACAGCUGACCAGUUUCAACCUCUCAGUGGUGUUAAAAUCCUUGACUUGUCACGGUUUGAUGCUUAGUUAUAAACACACCAAUCAAUAAUUAAGAAAGUUUUCAUAGAUAAAUGUUUAUUGUAGAGUUGUAGCAGGACCAUUUUGCUCAAUGGUCCUUGCCGAUUUGGGAGCUGAUGUAAUUAAAGUGGAGAGGACAGGAGCUGGUGAUGACAGUAGAACAUGGAUUCCACCUACAGCAGGGUCUGAAAGUCUAUAUUUCUUGGCCGUUAAUCGUAACAAAAAGAGUAUUGCAGUAGAUUUUAGUAAGAAAGAAGGAGCCGAAUUAGUUCGUCAACUUGCCAAACAAAGCGACGUACUAAUAGAAAACUUCCUGCCAGGCAAACUACGUAAAUUUAACCUCGACUACGAAUCAUUAAAGGCAAUUAAUAAUGAACUUAUCUAUUGUUCAAUUACUGGUUACGGUCAGACUGGACCAUACAAGGAUCGUGGUGGAUAUGACGUAAUUGCUGCAGCUGUUGGUGGACUCUUAAGUAUUACGGGACAACCGGAAGGCGAACCAUGCAAAGUUGGCGUGCCUUUAACAGACAUUGCAACAGGCUUAUUUGCUCACGGAGCUAUAAUUUCAGCUCUUUUGGAAAGAAAAGAAUCUGGUAGGGGGCGUCAAAUUGAUUGUAGCUUGUUGUCUGUUCAGGUUGCCUGCCUUAUUCACAUAGCAGCCAAUUAUUUAAACAACUCUCUUAUGGGGAAAAGAUACGGAACAGCUCAUCCUAGUAUAGUACCUUAUCAGGCCUUUCAAACAAAGGAUGGACACUUUGUAAUGGGAGGCGGAAAUAAUAAGAGUUUUAAAGAGAUUUGUCAGAGACUAAGGUUGGAUUAUUUAUCGGAUGACGAUAGAUUUGUGACGAAUGAGAAAAGAGUAGCCAAUCGUGAAGAAUUAGUUAAGAUAAUUACCGAUAGGUUUCAUUUUUAUUUCAAAAUUUCUCUUCUCUGAUUAAAAUAAUUGCUAAGUAAACCUUUUCGCUUCUUUCCGUUCUAUUUAGAAUGAAAGAGAAGACUAACGACGAAUGGGUCAAGGCUUUAGACGGUGCGACAUUCCCUUAUGGGCCCGUUAAUAACAUGGAAAAAGUAUUUAAUGAUCAGCAGGUAUUGCAUAAUGAAUUAAUAGAAGAAAUGAAUCAUCCUAAAGCUGGUUCCAUAAAAUUACCUGCACAUCCAGUCAGAUACGACAAUAAAGCGCAUAAAUUUCGUACAGCUCCACCGUGCUUAGGAGAGCAUACAAAUGAGGUCUUGACCAAUGAACUAAAUAUGAGCGAUAACGAUAUUAGAGACCUAAAAAAUCGAGGAAUUAUCCAGUAAAAAUUGUCUAUUUUUACAAUCUUUAAAUAAAUAAAGCAUAAUUAAUUUAA